ACAAAAAAAAAGACUGUCCGAAAAUGUUUUAAAAGAAGAAUUAGAGGAAGAAAGCAGUAAAAGAAACAGAGGCAUUCAAGUCAUCAUUCAGGCAUCAUCGUGGCAACGGACUUUGUGCUGUCCUUUAUUCCACCAUUGCCAUAAUGGAUUUAGGGGAUUAUGAUUACGGCGAGUACGACAACUACACUUACAGUGAAAAUGAUAGCCUGACCACAAUACAGGAGUCAUUUUCCCUACCCGUCACAGGGUGUUUUGAUUCGAUUGCCUGCGUUGCACUCAUCAUCAUCAACGUCGUCACCUUCAUACUGGGCUUCUGCGGCAAUGCUGUCGUGAUUUGGAUCGCCGGCUUCAAGAUGAACAAAUCGGUGAACACCACCUGGUACCUGAGCCUGGCCAUCUCUGACUUCAUCUUCUGUGCCUGCUUGCCCUUUGGUAUCGCGUACUUGGCGAUGGGAGAGUGGAUAUUCGGCCUGGUCAUGUGUAAGCUCACCUCCUUCGUCAUGUUCCUCAACAUGUUCAGCAGCAUCUUCCUGCUGGUGGUCAUCAGCGCAGACCGCUGCGUGUCUGUGGCGUUUCCCGUGUGGGCGCAGAACCAACGCACCGUCAGGAAGGCCUCAGCCGUGGUGGUCCUGGCCUGGUUGAUGUCCAUCACGCUUAGCAUGCCCAGUAUGGUGUUCCGUGACGUGUCCGACCACCGAGGGAAGGUAACAUGCGUCAACAAUUACCACACGUAUCGACACAGCCACAAGUACGUGGCGUGGAGCCGCUUCCUUGGAGGGUUCGUGGUGCCCUUCUUGAUCAUCAUCUUCUGCUACUCUGUCAUCAUCCUCAAACUCACAAAGAAUAAGAUGACCAAAUCGACCAAACCCUUCAAGGUCAUGUCGGCCCUCAUCGCCACAUUCUUCAUCUGCUGGCUUCCAUACCACAUCUUCAUUCUGCUGGAGCUGAACCCCCAGCAGUUCGAUGUGGAGAUCCUCACCAUUGGACUACAGGUGGGCACGACUAUUGCGACGGCCAACAGCUUCCUGAACCCGUUCCUCUAUGUGUUCAUGGGCAACGACUUCAAGCAGAAGUUCAAGAGUUCCCUGCUCAACAAAAUGGAGAAUGCUAUGGGCGAAGACGGACGCACUCUCAGCCGGUACCUGUCCAGGUCCAGCUCUUAUGACGCCAGGGCCUCUACACACAUCUAGAAUGCUCCAACUUAUGAACAUUAAAAACUGUUGUAAUGUUACCUUACUGUUGUUGGCAAGAUGGCAAUGUUUUCCCACCUAAAGCUCCUGUUUGUCGAAUACAAUUAUUGAUUUGUCAUACAAAGAAUGUAGAUGGGGACGGAUAUAUACCUGUUAGCAUCUUUGACCAAGAUGCCCAACCCCUUUCUACUUCUUAAUGACCUGAAUCUGUAUUCACUGUCAAUCAUGUUGGAUUGAAGUGUGGUAAAUGUAAAAUUGGACCUAUAAAUAAUAUAUCAAAUAUUUCUCAGGUAACCUAAGCUUAGUCCUGGUCCUAGCGGUUAGAGUUGUAUAGAGUUGUUUACUUAAUAUGAUUGUUCACAGAGGCAUAUGGAAAUGUAUACUUUGAAUUUGAAUGUCUUGUCAGUUUAUAACCAUAUUAAAAGGAAUGUGUAUGUACGAA